GGUAACAUGGAAGUGCAAAUGACAGAACAUUUCUGAUCGUUAGAGAAGCCGUGCCGGCUCCGACACAGCCUUCCCGAUGUGAUAAACAUGCUAAUAACGCUGUGCUACGUUUACCUGUGGGUGCGCUUCCAGAGGUGUUACGCGGGCGUCGUCCGGAGCGCGCUGGACAGGCUGCGCGGAAGCCGGAGCAGUUUCGCUUUCUGCGCGCUGAAGGCGGAGGGGUCGCGCCGGAGAGCAGGACACCCGACACGGGAUCAGACUUUGAGGAGACCGCGGAGCCCUGUUUCACAAGAGGACACGGUCUUUCUCAGACUGGGCGACAAAGUUAUUUACGUAACCGAGCUGCAGACAUGUGACGACCUCAGCAAGUGGACGUUGUUGCUAGGGUCAUCUCUGAUAAGAGGUCGUAGACUAGAGAAUGUGGCCUUUAUUAUAGAGGCUGCCGUGGGACAUCGAGCAGGCCAGUCGCCGCAAAGAUUCAAUAAGAAAGUGCUGACGUGGUCUGAUUACUGCCUUCCCUUGGCCUGCAGGCCUGGCCAGCCAUACAGGGCAGUGGCUGAGGCCAGCCUGGAUAACUUCAGCACCCUGGGUGUGGCCUUUUUGGAGGAUCGGCUGCAGAUGGAAAAUGGCCUCAUUCCUGAAAAAAUAGUUUCGGUGUAUCUCAGGGAGUCUGCACUGAAAGAGCUCUUUGAAAAGCAGCAGGGAAAAGUGGAGGAAAAGCCUAAGUUGCUCCCUGCGCGUAUACCAGAAGAGACCAUUCUGUCUGCCACCUCCCUGUACGAGCAGGAGGCGGAAAGCGUGCUGAGAGCCUGCAGGAGCAGCCCACCACUGGCUGAUCGCCAGGACUCGGACUCAGACCCGUCGAGUGAGAGCAGGCCUGCUUGCGACCAGCAGGGGCAGCCGAGGCCGGUGGCCGAGCACAGUCACAUGGAGGGCCAUCACCACCUGCACCUGUCCAGCUGCCAUGAAUGCCUGGAGCUGGAGAACAGCACCAUCCAGUCAGUGAAGUUCGCCUCGGUGGAGAACAUCCCAGACCUGCCUGAUGACGACUGUGCCGGCGGAGACGUGGCCGCGGGCAGCCAGGCCUCGCCCGGCCGGGCGAACGCCCGCGGCAAGCCGCCCAAUGUGCUGGUAUUCACGGGCGGCUGCGAGGAGCGCUACGGCCGCAUCCGCGCUCUGCUGGCUGAGUGCAUCGACGUGGAGCGCUACACAAUCUACCAGCUGCGGCCCCAGCAGGCUCUGUCUGAGCCGUGGCUAGAGAGCACGGCACUGCUGGUCCUCGCAGACGAUGGGCCGCUCACGCCCCAGCUGCAGCUGUGCUUCCUCACCUACCUAAGCCAGGGUGGCAGGGUGCUGGGCCUCUCCUCCGCGCUUUGUCCCGCUGGGCUCCGACUGCGGCCCAGGCGGGGUCAGCGCGGCCGCAUCUGCAGGUUGAGCUUUACCAAAGCCGACAGCACAGAGGUGGAGCUGAGCGCGUUGACCGGGGGCAUGACAUAUGAGCGCGAGCCCCGCGACGGCGACGCAAGUCGCCGGGUGGAGGUGUGGGGCGAGCUGAGAGCCCCAGACACGGACAGGGAUGCGGUCAUCAUCAGAGUGAGCCACGGGGAGGAGGGCGGAGAGGCCGUGCUGUGUCAGGUGUGUUUAGAGACGGCCCCGGACUCUGAGCAGGUACAGGGUGCGGCGGAUUUCUCUGAGCUGAAAAUGAGCAAUGCAAGGCGAUACGAGGUCCUGACGGAGAUCUUCACGUCUCUGGGGCUGAGCUGUGAGCUGAGCCAGAUGCCUCCACCCAGCCCUGUCUACGUGCUCUCCACCCAGUCAGAGCUGAGGGACUCAUUUGUGCAUUGGCUGCGUGGGAACGUGGACGACGGGGGCGUUGUGCGCUGUGCCGGUGGGGCCCGGCUUAGGGUGGUGUGGGGCCCUGGGGAAGCAGCCAUGCUGGCCGAGGGGGAACUGGCCCUGCACCCUGAGGCCCCUGAGAUCCUCCCUAAACACUUCUGCAUGCAGACGUACAGCCGGCACCUGCAGACCCAGCGGCUGGGUCGCACCCUGCUAUACGCCAACGUCACUCCCACGACCAUGGACCUGCUAGAAGGAAUGAUGUUGCAGUUGCCAGAUGAUAUGGGUCUAAUUGCCGUGGCAGCCCGGCAGACUAAGGGCAAAGGACGUGCGGGGAACGCGUGGCUGGGUCCACUGGGCAGUGCCAUGUUCACGCUGCACCUGCGGGUGGAGGUGAGCUCCACACUCGGCCGGAGGGUCCCUUUCCUGCAGCACCUCGCUGCCCUCGCCAUGGUGGAGGCUGUGCGCACACUGCCUGGCUAUGAGGAUAUUGACCUGAGAGUGAAGUGGCCCAAUGACAUUUACUUCGGUAACCUAAUCAAGCUGGGGGGAGUUUUGGUCAGCUCCACUGCAAUGGCGUCCACUUUUCAUCUCCUCGUCGGUUGUGGGUUGAACGUGAGCAACAGCAACCCCACCAUCUGCGUCAACGACCUGGUGGCGCAGCACAACCGGGAGCACGGGUGCAGCCUGGAGCCGCUGAGCCCCGAGCAGCUGAUCGGCCGCUCCGUCACCCUGCUGGAGGAGCUCAUCGGCCGUUUCCAGCUGCAGGGGCCCCAGGCCGCUCUGCCCCUGUACUACCAACGCUGGGUUCACGGUGGGACGCAGGUGCGGCUGUGGAGUGAGGAAGGUCCAGUGGCAGACGUGGUAGGGCUGGACGAUCACGGCUUCCUGCAGGUAAGCUCUCGGGAGCACGGCCUGGUCUCCGUCCAGCCUGAUGGGAACUCCUUCGACAUGAUGCGGAACCUGGUCGUCACCAAGCACUAGAGCCACUGCUUUUAAGCACACGCCUUGGCUGUCUUCAGCUACAUUCUACAUAUGUGAUACACAUUUGAACAGUUGUGGGCACAACAAGACCAGGAAAUCUACACAACAGUUAUAGACUUCCCUGGCAGCGCUAUCAUUUUUCUCAAUUUUGCAUUCCAGAACUCGGAUUGCAACUCUGUCUGUUUUUGCUUCAGCAAAGUCUAGACUUACUGAAAAUUGUUUUAAGGAACCAUAUGUUUUGGAGCCCUAAAAGGUUUGUAGCCUACAACUGCUCCACAUGGUUUGCUGUGGUUGUCUGCCUAAGACCUUGGGGGAUUUGGUGCUGUUUAAAUGAAUUGAUUUUGAAUUCACAUAUUUGUUGUUUAAGGGUUUAGGAAAGGUCUUAACCUCAGUUAACCUUAGUGAGCCUGUGGUAUUGAAUUGUUCUGUAUGUUGACAUUUUUGUUUAAUAAUAUCAGUUCAAUAAUCUCACUCCUGGUAUGUAAAAAAAAAACAAAACAGAUUUACUAAAGUUUGUCUAGUUAAGAUUUUUCUUUUUAUCUUCCCCUUAAAAUGUUAUUUAUACAUAGAUUUGAGAGAUUUGGGCAGAAAAUAAUCUAUAGUCUGGAAAAUUGUUAUAUAUGCUGUUUUUGUUCUUUAGGCUCUUAGUCUUAAAUAGGUUUUGACUGAAUAUGUGCUUUGUUUUUAUUAAUAAAAGGUCAGCUUGUUAAAUACA